AUGGCUGACGACGGCGCCUCCGACCCACCAGCCUCUGCCCCGAAACUGCAGUACAAAGGCGGCUAUCGGCAAAUCAACAAGGCGCUCAACAUCGGCGCGUUCGAAGACUACCUUGAAGCCCAGAUCUCGAGGCUGCCCGAGCUUGCGGAUGUCGAGCAGAUCAGCCCGCGCGUGUUGCGCGUCCUGGGGCAGAACGCCGGCCAGUUCACUCUGCAAGGAACUAACACCUAUAUCGUGGGCACGGGGGCGCGACGCCUCCUCAUCGACACCGGCCAGGGAAUCCCGGAAUGGGCCAACUUGAUUGCUGACAUCCUGUCGGCCACGCACGCCGCACUCUCCCAUGUUCUGCUCACUCACUGGCAUGGGGACCACACUGGCGGCGUUCCCGACCUCCUGCGCUUGUAUCCCCACCUCGUCGACUCCAUCUAUAAGCAUACGCCCGGCCCGGCCCUGCAACCCAUCGUCGACGGGCAGGUGUUCCGUGUGGAGGGCGCAACAGUCCGUGCCGUGCACACCCCCGGACACUCGCACGACCACAUGUGCUUCAUCCUGGAAGAAGAAAAUGCAAUGGUCGGUCCACAUUGCUCCUUCUCUUCCUCCUCCUCCUUCUUCAUCCUCACCACCCCCGCCACACUGCUUCCGAGUCUGGCUGACAUAAUGAAUUUACUCCAGUUCACCGGCGACAACGUCCUCGGGCACGGCAGUGCCGCUGUCGAGGAGCUCGGGCCCUGGAUGCAAUCGCUGCGGCUUAUGCAGUCACACGGCUGCCCCAUUGGCUACCCGGCGCAUGGCGCCCCGAUCUGCAAUCUGCCGGGGAAGAUCACCACCGAGCUGGCGUCAAAGACGAGGCGCGAGUUCCAGGUUCUGGCCGCGCUGGACCAGCUGACAUGGAGCGUGCCCGGGAGUGGUAGCCGCCCGUGCAGUUUGACGGUCAAGCAGUUGGUGACUGCGAUGCAUGGGGACAACUUAGACCCUCGUGUCCGGGAGAUGGCAGUCGAGCCACUCAUGGAGGAGAUCUUGCGCAAGUUGGCGGCGGAUGGGAGGGUCGCCUUCCGACUUCGCCGGGGUGAAAAGCAGUGGUAUGGGAUUCCGGCGCACUAA